CCCAUUUGGGCAAAAACUUGGAACUUGAGCAGAAUUUUAUACUCUCAGCCCAAAAAAAGACUGACCAAGAAGAUGCUUCUUCAUUCUUACAAUUCAAGAGACCCAAAAAGACUCGAUUUUUAUCACAACCCACCUCACAGUUUCCCAUGUUCUUCACCAUGUAAGCUUCUAGCCCUUCAUUUUUCUUGCAAUUCCAUGUCUUUUUUAGGUUUCAAUUUGCUCACUCAACAUAGUUUAUUAAAGGGUCUUGAUUGUUGUUCAUUAUAUCCUGUAUCUCCUUGUUUAAAAGCUGAUAAAUUGAUGUAUAAUGAUGUGAAUUUAAGUGGUUUUAGGCAAGAUUUUAGGGGGGUUAGGGGUUUUGUAGGGUUUAAGCUGAUAAAGUGUAAUUCAAGAACUUUGAGUGCACCCACUAGGAUUAUUGUUAGUGGUAAGAGGAAGAAGUAUGGGGGUGAGUUGCCUUCGAUAUUGCGGUCGUUGGAGUCGGGGGAGGAGGUGGGGGAAGCGCUUAGUUUGUAUUAUGGGAGGUUGAGUCCGAAGGAGCAGACAGUGAUUUUGAAGGAACAGGGUAGUUGGGAGAAGGUGCUUAGGGUUUUUGAGUGGAUGAAGUUGCAGAAAGAGUAUGUCCCGAAUGUGAUUCAUUAUAAUGUUGUGCUGAGGAAAUUGGGUCGGGCGCAGAAGUGGGAUGAGUUGAGGCUUUGUUGGAGUGAAAUGGCGAAGAAGGGGCUUUUGCCGAGUAAUAAUACUUAUAGUAUGCUUGUUGAUGUGUAUGGGAAAGCUGGACUUGUGAAAGAAGCGGUUUUGUGGAUUAAGCAUAUGAAAUUUAGGGGGAUGUUUCCUGAUGAGGUUACGAUGAGUACGGUUGUAAAAGUUUUGAAGGAUGCUCGAGAGUAUGAUGUGGCCAUUAAAUUUUAUAAGGAUUGGUGUGUUGGAAAGAUUGAUUUGGAUUCUUUUAUUGGUUCUGAUAACGGUUCGAGCUUGGCACCCAUGAGCUUUAAGCACUUUUUGUCGACUGAGCUCUUUAGGAUAGGUGGGAGGAGCCUUGCUUCUAAUGCGUUGCCUGUGGUAGAUGCUGAAAAUUCUGCUCAAAAGCCUCGACUUACAGCUACGUAUAAUACGUUGAUUGAUUUGUAUGGAAAGGCAGGGCGUUUAACGGACGCAGCUGAUGUCUUUGCUGAAAUGUUAAAAUCUGGAGUAGCAGUAGAUACCGUCACAUUCAAUACUAUGAUUUUUACCUGUGGCAGUCAUGGACAUAUAUCAGAGGCAGAAUCUUUGCUUGGUAAAAUGGAAGAAAGGGGAGUUUCUCCUGAUACUAAAACCUACAACAUAUUCCUGUCUCUGUAUGCUGAUGCAGGAAACAUAGAUGCAGCCAUUAAGUGCUAUAGGAAAAUAAGGGACGUGGGUCUUCGUCCCGAUGUUGUCACACAUAGAGCUAUUCUCCAGGUACUAUGCGAGAGGAGAAUGGUUGAACUAGUGGAGGCUGUGAUUAUGGAUAUAACAAAGUCUGGUGCACGUAUUGACAAGCAGUCUCUUCCUGUCAUUAUAAAAAUGUAUGUAAAUGAAGGUUUAACUGACCGUGCUAAACAUCUUUUCGAGAAGUAUCAAUUUGAUGGUGGACUAAAAUCUUGUACAUAUGCUGCUAUUAUAGAUGUCUAUGCUGAGAAGGGGUUUUGGGCUGAAGCUGAGGCUGUAUUUUACUGUAAGAGAGAUUUGGUCGGACAGAAGAAAGAUGUUGUGGAAUAUAAUGUUAUGUUCAAGGCUUAUGGUAAAGCAAAGCUGUAUGAUAGAGCCUUAUCACUCUUUAAGAGCAUGAGAAGCAAUGGGACCUGGCCAGAUGAGUGCAGUUAUAAUACUCUCAUUCAAAUGCUCUCUGGAGGUGAUUUAGUUGACCAAGCAAGGGACCUUUUAUCUGAAAUGCAAGGAGCAGGAUUUAAACCUCAGUGUAUAACAUUUUCCUCCUUGGUUGGAAGUUAUUCGCGAUUAGGAAGGCUUUCUGAUGCAGUGAGUAUCUACCGAGAAAUGGUAGCAGCAGGGGUAAAACCAAAUGAAGUUGUUUUUGGGUCUAUAAUUGAUGGAUAUGCAGAGAUUGGUGAAAUUGAAGAUGCCCUUCACUAUUUUCAUGUCAUGGAAGAAUGCGGUGUUUCAGCAAAUCAGAUUGUGCUUACUUCUUUGGUCAAGGCUUAUAGUAAGGUUGGUUCUGUGGAGGGGGCAAAACAAGUGUACAUGAAGAUGAAAGAUUUUCCUGAUGGUCCUGAUAUUAUAGCUACUAAUAGUAUGCUCAACCUAUAUGCUGAUCUGGGAAUGAUAUCAGAAGCGAGACUGAUAUUCAAUAAUUUGAUAGAUAAAGGUUGGGCAGAUGGGGUUUCAUUUGCAACCAUGAUGUAUCUUUACAAGAACAUGGGUAUGCUUGAUGAAGCCAUUGACGUUGCAGAGGAGAUGAGACAUUCAGGAUUAUUAAGAGAUUGUGUUUCAUAUAACAAGGUAAUGGCAUGCUACGCCACAAAUGGUCAGCUUGUUGAGUGUGGCGAAUUGUUGCAUGAUAUGGUUAAUGAGAAUCUUUUGCCAGAUGCUGGGACCUUUAAAGUAUUAUUUACUAUAUUGAAAAAGGGAGGCAUUCCAUCUGAAGCAGUAAGUCAGCUUCAUUCAUCUUACCGUGAAGGGAAACCUUACUCCAGAGAAGCUGUUUUAGCCUCUGUGUAUUCGGUCGUGGGUUUGCAUGCUUUUGCACUAAAAUCGUGCGAAAGCUUCCUAAAGGAAGAAGUGCUCCUGGAUUCAUCUGCCUAUAAUGUUGCAAUAUAUGCAUAUGGUGCUACAGGCAGAACUAAUGAAGCACUUAAUAUUUUUAUGAAAAUGCAAGAUGAAGGGCUAGAGCCAGAUAUUGUCACUUUUAUUAAUCUUGUAGGUUGUUAUGGAAGGGCUGGCAUGCUUGAAGGUGUAAAACGUAUUCACAGUCGAUUAAAGUAUGGGGAAAUUGAUCCUAGCGAGUCCUUGUUCAAGGCAGUCAUUGAUGCCUACAGAAAUGCCAAUAGGCACGAUCUGGCCGAAUUAGUGACCCAGGAGAUGAAAUUCGCCUUUGACACAGAGACAGACCCUGUAUCUCAAAGAGAAGAGGUUGGUGAGGAAAGCCCUUUAGAUUUUUAGCUCCCAGAUACGUUGUAUAUUUUGAAUGACAAGGAAAAUAAAUAUUCCUAAGUUGGAUGAAACUAGCUUAUUUGGGCUUGUAUUUGAUGGAAAUUCGGACUUUAUGGGCCACCUGCGCAGCAAAUCUUGUUUGGGCCAUAACUUGAGUUCCGGACGUCAGAAUUAGACGAUUCAACAGCCCACGCGAAGAUAUCUUAAUUGUCUACAAGUUUAAAGUGUUCCAGCUAUCUAAAGACAAAAGGAUCAGCCCAGAAUCAGGCCUGAAAGUCAGCCCACGAAUUUUGUCUCAGAAUCCAACUUGUUUUAGGAAAUCGGAAUUGUUUUUCGAGGAAACCAUUAAAACAUUAUUAUUAUUAGGGUUUUAUGAUUAUUAGAUAUCGAAGAGAGUGUAUAGAGAGGUAGAGAAAGCUUUGGGAGAUAAUUUGAGCAAAGAUUGAAGGGAUUCAGUCCAAGUUCGAGAGAUUUCGUCAAGUUGUAUUUUCUUCACUCUUGUACUCUUUUGACAUGAUUUCAGUAAUAUAUAUAUUCGUGUUUUAUUUAA